UAGAGACAGAGCGCUUAAUGGUAUAGAUUUACAAAAACUUAACAAAUCAGGGUGGCGGGUCAUAUGCAUCCAUCUACAGCCGUCAACGACGACGGCUGAGACAAACCUUUGAUGGCCACUCGAUCUUCUUCCUAUAAGAAGAGACUCACUAAGCGAUCAAUAAUGCCUCCUCAUUCCCCUCAAUUCCCAAUUCCCGCCUCGUCUCGCAGAUUCUUCGUCACUCGGAGGAGGAUCUCGAUGAUGAUGAUCCCUCUCGCUCUCUUCUCCGCCGCCCUUUUCCUCUUCUUUAUGCCCUUCAACGGCUCGGGGAGAUCGUCCGAUUCGUUUGAUCUUUCACAUACGAUCCAUGAAAUCGAAGUGGUCGCUGAGUUUCCUCACGAUCCAAAGGCGUUUACUCAGGGACUUCUUUAUGCCGGAGAUGAUACACUCUUCGAAUCUACUGGUCUAUACAGACAGUCCUCAGUCAGGAAAGUGUCUCUUCGGACAGGAAAGGUUGAAGUUAUCGAAAAAAUGGGCGAUAAGUUCUUUGGAGAGGGUUUGACACUCCUUGGAGAUAGCCUCUUUCAAGUUGCUUGGCUGACGACCACGGGUUUCACAUAUGAUCUUCGCAACUUAACCAAAGUAAAGCCAUUUAAACAUCAUAUGAAAGAUGGAUGGGGAUUGGCUACCGAUGGACAAGUAUUGUUUGGAAGUGAUGGCACUUCUACACUAUACCGGAUGGACCCUCUAACAAUGAAAGUUACUGAUGAGCAUGUAGUCAAAUAUAAUGGCCGUGAGGUACGAUACCUUAAUGAACUCGAGUACAUAAACAAUGAAGUUUGGGCAAACGUGUGGCAGUCUGAUUGUAUUGCUAGAAUUUCUCCCAAGGACGGAUCGCUACUUGGAUGGAUACUUCUUCCUGAAUUAAGACAAGGAUUGCUGCGAUCUGGACACGGGGGUAUUGAUGUCUUGAAUGGUAUAGCAUGGGACAGCGACAAGAAACGUCUCUUUGUAACGGGGAAACUGUGGCCGAAGCUGUACCAAAUCAAUCUAAAACCAGCAGCAGCAAAGAGCGAGAGACAAAUCGCACGACAAUGCUUGAUAUGAAAAAAAGAAGAAGAUAUGGAUAAUUGUUAGAAUGUACACUGUUGUAGCUUAAAGUUUAAAAACUUAAGAGACCAGACAUUCUUAACAAUAGCAGAAAAGUGUAGCCGGAAGGGGUCCAUGACCCAAGUUGCAUUUACUAGUUUUGUAUCCUUCUCUAUUU